AUGUCGUCCAACGAAUUGCUUACAUUAUCCAGAAAAGCUCGUUUCAAUGAUUUACCCAGUUUUUCCGGUCAACCAUCAGAGGAUAUCGAACAAUUCUUGAAGAGAAUUAAAAAUUUAACUAAAACUGACACUGACAUAACCGAUGCUCAACGUCUUGAAAUUGUCCGGGGAAAGCUAUCACAAUCGGCCGGUACAUGGUUCGACGAUCAAGAAUUUACUACAUGGUUUCAGUUUGAAACGUUCUUUCGGGGUCGAUAUUCGUCAACCAUGAAAUCUCAAACAAAAUUUAGUGAAUUACUUCAACGAAAACAACAACCUGAUGAACCCAUGGCAACGUAUUUCGAUGAUAUGGUUUCCUUGUGUCGAGAAGUCGACACAGACGGACGCCUCUUAGAAACGAUUUAUUUAUGUUUGCAAGAGCAGGGAGGUGAGUUAAACGUUAGUCGAAGCGUUUUAAACCGCUAUCGCUCGUUUUUUCUCUUAUCUUAGGAAAAAUGGGAAAGCAAGUUAAGAGACACUUGUUUCAGCCGAAAAAUGUCGUUAUAACCUGUUCGGCGUCGGGAAAACUUACUAUUUCAUUGGUUAAAUAUUGGAGAGAUAACUGUUUUCUUCUAUUGGUUGGUGCUAAAUGUUUGCUGCUAUCAGACAGUUACCCAGGACAAAAUCGCGAAGAACUCUAUCAACCGGAAAAUUGCGGUGGUAAAAAGGUCACACGUAGUUAGUUAAUUGACAACGAAACAACCCGUGAUGGAUCAGACUAAACAAACUUCGUCAUCGUUUCAAUUUACUCCCUGUAAAAUUUGCGGAAAAAAGAACCAUCGUGCCAUUGAUUGUUAUCACAAAAAUCCAUCAGGCUGUUUCAAUUGCGGACAGAAUCAUUCAGUCCGCGAUUGUACGAAUCCACCGUCUUUUCAAUCGCUAUGUCACGGGGUGGCGGUGUCCCCAGUAAACUUGAGAAGCCAUCAAUAGCAACAUCAACCUCUCCAAUUUAUAUCAAAGUCCAAGUAAACCGAAAAUCAACAUAUGCGAUCGUCGACACUGGGUCCGCCAUCACGAUAAUUCACCAAAAUCUUCUAAGGACUCUUUAUCAUCGAAAAUUCAUCGGUAAGAAACCGACUGUCAAGCAGCUAACUCUUCAUCGAUCAACAUCAUCGUUCAAGUGGAAUUGGAAAUUAAACUUGAAAAAAUUAAAACCUACAUAAUAGCAGACGUCGCAACAAAUCUAAUCACAUCUCUUCUCCUCGGAAAUGACUGGAUAAAUCCUAAUCACGUACAUUUACUCGGCGAUGAACAACGCCUGACAAUCCCAGCAAAAAACGGACAACUUAUCUCAUUCCCGUAUAUCGCUUCACCUGACCUUAACUACCCAGUCUUCCCCGUGAAUCAAGUGACCAUUCCUCCGAAUUCUCCACAACUCGUGGACAUCAAAGUUCAACUCUCUGGGGCGGAGAACUUGAUUUUCCAGCCUAUUACAAAUUAUCUCUUAAAAUUUUUAUUCAUCCCUAACACCUUGCUAAACGUCACUGAUCAUACGGCAAAAAUCCUCGUCAUAAAUGCUCAGGAUCGUCAACGUACCCUAUCCAAAAAUUCGAAAACUGGCAUAAUAAAUAGAUAUCCAACGUUUGAAGUAUGUCUUACCAUGCAACAACCACGUCGGAAAUCUCCUACAACUCUAAAACCUGUUGGAUUCUUAGAUCGUAACCAGUUGUCAUCGAGAGUAGGAGCGGUCAAGACCACCACGGACUACUCAUUUCCAAAUCGGAACACACAGUGUUAUAAAUGCCAACAAAAUUUUCUCACCGGAAAUGACCUCCAAAAACACCUUCGAGAAUCAUGUUAUUCGGAAGAAGUCCGUAGACACAUUCAAAAUCUCACACAGCACAUCGAACAUCCAAAACAAAAGCAGCAGGUCGAAGAGAUAUUAUGGCAUAAUAAAGAUUUAUUUGAUUCGGGUCCAGCAA